AUGGAAGGAUCCAAUGAGAUGGCAACUAACAGCGACACGGAGGUAAGGAAACCGGCUGGUUACGCCAAGGAGUUGCAGAUGUCUGACGGCAGUCAGGAUGCCGUAUCAGAAACCGAGUCGGGGACUACGAAGGCGCCUCUGGUGUGGACCAAGGACAUUCGGCCGCUCAAAGAAGAUGAGGUGCUGGAAGUCGCUCCCGGUUGCUACGAUAUGCUCCACACCAUAAACGUGGACUGGCCCUGCCUUUCGUUCGAUAUCAUGGCGGAUGAGCUCGGCGCGUGCCGCGUGCAGUUCCCCCACCAAUGCUACGUCGUCGCAGGAACGCAGCCGGACGACAGGUCGAAGAAGGAGGCGGCCGUCCACGUAAUGAAGUGGUCCAACCUAUCCAACAACGAAGGCAUGGAACUUUCGGAGGAUGAAAGUGACGACGAGGACUCCGCAUGCGUGCUAAAGUGCAGCAGCCUGCGCCACCCGGGAAUCGUUAAUCGCAUCAGGUGCUGCCCGCAGUCCAACCGGCUGGUGUGCACCAUGGCCGACACGGGCAAAGCGCACAUCUGGGACGUCGACGCGCACCGCGCAAGGCUCGACCAGGAGGGAUCGGAGCACCACAUGGAAAAGGGCAAGCCCGUUUACACCUGCGAGCUGCAUGAGGAGGAGGGCUACGCAGUUGGAUGGAGCCCCACCACAACCGGCGCUUUGGCCACCGGUGACUGUGCGGGCGCCAUCGUUAUGUGGAACCCCGUAGACGCCGGUUGGAGCCAUCUGCGCUAUUUCAACGCGCCCAAGUCCGUGGAAGAUAUACAGUGGAGCCCUGUGGACGAGCACGUGUUCGCAUCGGCGUGCUGUGAUGGCUAUGUCAGGAUACACGACGCGCGAGCGCCGAAGGAUAAUGUGAAGGUCAUACGCGUCUGCGACGGCGACAUCACGGACGUCAACUCGAUAGCGUGGAACCCGAGCCAAACUAACCUCUUGGCAACGGGGGACGAAACGGGAGCGGGGACGGUAUUCGACCUGCGCUUCAGCGACGUGCACAUGGCUAAGCUCUCGUGGCACAACCAGGCCAUCACCAGCAUCGCGUGGCACCCAACUGACCCGGCGGUGUGCAUCGCCAGCUCCAGGGACGACUCCGUCUCCAUCUGGGACCUCUCCGUGGAAAGCGAAACGGCGGCCGAAGCCUCGGACAACGGCCAGAACAUACCCCAACAGCUCAUGUUUUUGCACAUGGGGCAAACGGAAAUUACCGAAGUCAUGUUCCACCGUCAGAUACCCGGAGUUGCGAUAUCGACGUCGGCGGACGGGUUCAACAUCUUCAAGUGCAUUAACAUCGAUUGA